AGGAACAACAAGGCGCCAACUCUUUCAACCACGUCGGUAGCUUGCUAGCCAACAUAAAACUGAAAGUUUCACGUUUUAGACCAUGUUAAUGUACAUUAGCUAAUCUCAGUGUUUUAAACAAGUUUCGGUUGACGUAUCAACUGGUUAAAUUUGCAAACGUGUUAAAGAUUGAUACUGAGCCUAGCACGAGGCUAGUCGCUAAUGCUAGCUAGCUAGCUAACAUCCCUGACCAUGAGUUCGUUAAAGUACUCAUCCCCUGCUAUAGAAGAGGAGGUCUGCUGUUUGGAGAAAGAAGUUCUGGCGCUGAACAUUGAAGAAGAGGAUGAGGUUACAGUGAAAGAAGAGAAAGAAGCUUUUAGAAUGAAAAAGGAGGAAGAGGAGACUGUUAUAGUGAAGGAAGAAGAUGCUGUUAUAGUGAAAGAACAUUUCAGAAUGAAAGAGGAGGAAGAGGAGACUGUUAUAGUGAAGGAAGAGGAUGCUGUUAUAGUGAAAGAACAUUUCAGAAUGAAAAAGGAGGAAGAGGAGACUGUUAUAGUGAAGGAAGAAGAUGCUGUUAUAGUGAUAGAAGAGAAAGAACUGUUUAGAGAGGAAGAGGAUGCUAUCUCAAUAAAGGUGAAGGAGGAAGACAGAAUAUCAGAUUAACACCAGAGAGAGACAUGACUAUGGUGGAUCCUCUGGGGAGCUUCAACAACAUCCUGAUGCUGACGAGGCAGAGAAGAGUCUCUCCAGAUCAGAAUACCAGAUG